AUGGCAUCGGUGAGCAAGGGUGGUCGGCUUAUGCUGUUGCGGCCCUCCCCGACGCCGACCCGGUGGAUCGGGACGCGUGGAGGCCGUGGUCCUUGGGCGCUGCUCCCGCUGUCAGCGACGGCAAAGACGGCAUCGGCAACCCCAACAAGAACAACAAGGCUGUUGUCGGCGUCCAGGACGGCCGUGGUCUACUUCUCCACACAUCCGCCGAGAAGAUCUGACGAAAAAGAAUCAGCCUCCAGGCCGGAUCCCGUCCCGAAGCCCCAAGAUGGAGGCGACAGUCUCCCCAAGAAGAUGCUCGAAUCUGCCGCCACCUCCUUUGCCUCAAUACUUGUACUAGCCGCCGGCUUCGCCAUAGCAGGCUACGCCUACCACAAGACAUACAAGCGCAUCGUGCUCAAGAAAAUGACCCGCGCCUUCACUCCCGGCGACCCCGUACUCGAACUCGCCGCCAUCGGCAAGGAGGUGCCGCAGAACCCCGCCGACGCCGACGACCGAUGGGUGCAGCGGCCGGAGCAGGCGCGCAUCGACAAGAUCGUCAACGGCUCUGAGGUCGGCCACUACUUUUUGAUACUGGGCGAGAAGGGUACGGGUAAGAGCAGCAUGUUGAUCGAGGCCAUGCGCAAGAUUGACGGCGAUGGCGUAGCCAUGUUCGAGGCCCACGCGGAUCUGGAGAUUGUGCGCAUCCGUCUCGGCAAAGCCCUUGAUUUUGAGUUCCACGAGGACUACAUUGGCGGCUACUUCAGCGAGCGCGGUCCUCGCGACACGACGGCCCUCUUGGAUAUCGAGCGCGCCCUCAACAAACUCGAAAAGGUCGCCAUCGUCAACCGCGCAACGCGCAAGAAGCCGCUGGUCGUCAUCAUCAACCAGAUGCACCUGAUUCGCGACGAUGACGACGGCAAAGAUCUCAUCGAGCUGCUCCAGCAACGCGCCGAGCAGUGGGCCGCUUCCAACCUCGUGACUAUGGUGUUCAACACGGACGACUACUGGGUGUACGAGCGGUUCAAGCAACUGGCUACGAGAAUGGAAAUCAUGUCGGUGCGCGAUCUGCCCAAGCGUCAAGCCAUUGCGGCCCUCGCCAAGUACCGCGUCAAGUACUUCAACGAGCGGCUGAGCGAGACGAUGCUAGAGGAGGUGUACGACCUUGUCGGCGGCAGGCUGUCGUUCUUGAACCGCGUCGCCAAAAGCAGCGAUAUGAUCGCGACUUGCAAGUCCAUCUGCCAAGUGGAGAAGACGUGGUUCCUCAACCAGUGCUGGAUCCUGGGCGCCGAGAUGGACGACGACGUGAUGGAUCAACAGAAGUGGGCGGCCGCGGCCAUGGUCCUCGCACAAGCGCUCGUGGACAGCGAAGAAGACAUGGAUCUAUGGGAUGAGGAGAAGGGUCACGUGCUGCCCUCGUUCCAGAUGCACAAGGCGCAGGAGAUCAUGACGCGCGCCGAUUUCAUCCGGGAUAUGGACCGCCUCAACCUUUUCACCAUCGCAUCCAACGCCGAGGUGCGCGCCUCAUCUGUGCCCAUGCACCGCGCCUUCCAGGAGAUAUGCGCGCAGAAGGGUUUCAGGGACCACCUGGAGAAGACGAUCCAACGUAUCAGCGAUAUCGAGUCGCUCGGCCGCACUCGGGAGCUAGUAGCGAAGGAUCUCGUACUCGGUGGCAAGUACGAGAUCAUCCGCGAGGGCAAGAACGGGGUUACGGUCAAGUUGACCGAGGGAGAGGACCGGGAUUUGUAG